UUUUCUCUCCAUUACAGUGGCCAAUCAGAAUCCAAGAUCUCCUCCACAAGCCUUUAGCUACUUGAGAGUCUUAGGGGACAAAUAAUACAUUUUGGCCCAUGCAAAAACGCCUUGCCUCCUUUACCUCUUCCGUACAUCAUUGGUUCUAUAAUAAAGCAGAAAAGCGCAACAAUCUUCGCAACAAAUUGAGCGUUGGCCCCUUCUGGUGGUGAAUUUGUCCUAACAAAGGGGAGCCCCUUCAUCAUUCAAAAGUUUCGUUCUUGCUCUUUAUAAGGGCCAGCCCUAAAACCCUACCCUAAUGCAGGGCAUACACACACCCAUGUCUUCAUUCUCCCACUCCCAUUGCCGGAAAAACUCCGGCGAGCUGGACGUAUUUGAGGCGACCCGAUAUUUCUCCAGUGUUGCCGACAUCCCCGAAACCUGCCGAGCCAUAAAGACAGAGAGGACUAGGAGCCUUGUUGAAGCCAAGCUACCACAAGAAGCACAACAAAGGACGGAGCUCAAGCAUGCACACAUGACCAAAGAGAAGGUCGUCAAGUGUAAGCAACCAAGCUCCCCUGGAGCCAAGCUUGCUACCUUCCUCAACUCCUUCCAACAAUACUACUCUAGUUCAAAGAAAAAGAAGCCAUCAAGGUUGAUUAAGGGUGAAGAUGAAUAUAGUAGUAGGAGAAGGAAGAGUAGUUGUAAAAUUAGUAAUGUCGAGUCUAAAUCUUCUAACUAUUCUUCUACUUCUAGUUCAUUCAGCUCAAAGAAGAGAGAGGGGUUAAUUAAGGAUAAUGAUUGUGAGGCUUUGGGCGAUGAGUUUAGAUUAAAGUUGAGGCUUGGAGAUGAGCACAGCAUAAGAAAGGAAGAGGAGGAGAUGAGUGAUGGAGGAGAGAGUGAUUCAAGCUCUGAUCUGUUUGAGCUCAAGAUUAACUAUGAGUUUAAUGAGAUUAGUUCAAGUGGACUGCCUGUUUAUGAGACUACUCAUUUGGGGGUUAUUAGAAGAGGAGCUGGGUUAGCUAGUACUAUCGCGUACCGCACUAGUUAAUUAAGAUUUUUCAUUUGC